CCAAACCCAAUCUAACUCAAUGGAAUCCAUUUGGUAGAAAACAAGAAUAGGAACCGAAAAACUACCAUAGCCACUACUUGCUUCCACUCCUGAUUCAGAAACUCUUAGGCAUUCCACAUUCUCAACCCCGAACCCUAAGAGCAGAGCGAAAAUGACAACCACCUUCGCGACCGUCGCAGGACUCGGUGGCGCAUUACUGUCAUCCACCUCAUCUCGUCUCACCUCAGGGUUUGUGAAAUCCCCAGUGAUUGCUAGGAAUCCCUUGAGGCAAGCUGUGGCAAUGGGAAAUGGGAGGAUUACAUGCUUUGAGAGGAAUUGGCUGCGGGCAGAUUACAGUGUGAUUGGGUUUGGGUUGAUUGGUUGGCUAGCACCCUCAAGCAUACCGGCUAUCAACGGUAAAAGUCUGACUGGCCUCUUCUUUGAGAGCAUUGGAGCUGAGCUUGCUCACUUUCCCACCCCUCCUGCCCUUACUUCGUCCUUUUGGUUAUGGCUGGUUACGUGGCACCUUGGCUUGUUCAUUGUCCUCACUUUUGGGCAAAUUGGAUUCAAGGGAAGGACUGAAGACUACUUUUGAAUUCUAAACCUAUGGUCUCUGUUUUUACUUUUUUUUUUUUUCUCUUCCUUGUGUGCCCCACUGCCCCAGUGCCUUGCAAUCUAUGAUGACUCUAUGCUACCUUUUUCCUUCUUACUAGGAGAAAUCUAUGUAAUAUCGCCUUCAUAAUGUUGUAUAUUAUUAUUGUUGUACUUGCUCCUCAUCAAUGUCCCAACUUCUUCUAGUC